CAGAGGCUGCAGACGGACGUCACGUGACGACAGAGCGCUUAGUCCGUCACGUGACGCGGCCUAACCACCCGGAUAGGGCGACCCGCGCUUGCGCGCCGGCGGCUGCCGCUAACCCUGCGCCUACUCAGAUGCUUUUCAUACGCAUUGCUGAGUGCGUAUAAUCUCCCUUUCUAAAAAGCAACUGGGAACAACUGCUUGUGCGUCUCGUCUUAUUCCCAUUAACUUCACCAUUGCUACGGAAAGGUCUGCCUGACUCCUUCAUCCUCAGUGCGGCGUGGUCCCCUAGGAAUCGUCCCCGUUUCUCAGAAGGGCGCCUCGGGCUCAGCUCUGGGACUUGACCACGCUUGGGGAGGCCAGGAGUUCGAGUCCGGGUCCUGCCCGUGGGGCGGGAGGCUGGGCGGAGCUGGCGGCAGGAAGUGCCGAGCGCCGACUCGCGGGCGGCAUCCCCGCAGCUUGUAAACGCCGGUCGGACGCGGCACGCGAGCACUACGCGCCUCGCAGCUAGGUCUCCCCUCUACUCCGCGAGGGCGGAGGCGCGAUGGACCUGACCGGGAUCCUGCUGGACGAAGAAGGCACCUUCUCCCUCGCCGGCUUCCAGGACUUCACGUUCCUCCCAGGACACCAGAAGCUGAGUGCCCGGAUCCGAAGGAGGCUCUACUAUGGCUGGGACUGGGAAGCCAACUGUAGCCUGGAGGAACUCUCCAGCCCGGUGGCAGACAUUGCUGUGGAACUGCUCCAGAAGGCAGCCCCUAGCCCUAUUCGCCGACUCCAGAAGAAAUACGUAGCUCAUGUGUCCCGGGAGGCGUGUAUCUCCCCAUGUGCUAUGAUGCUGGCUCUGGUGUACAUUGAACGGCUCCGGCACCGAAACCCAGACUACCUGCAGCACGUGUCAUCCUCUGACUUGUUCUUGAUCUCUAUGAUGGUGGCCAGUAAGUACCUCUAUGAUGAAGGGGAGGAGGAGGAGGUCUUCAAUGAUGAAUGGGGAGCUGCUGGGGGUGUGGCUGUGCCCACUCUCAAUGCCUUGGAGAGGGGCUUCCUGAGUGCCAUGGAUUGGCGUCUCUACACUGACCCUCGAGAGAUCUUUGAGGUGCUGAGCUGGCUGGAGAGCUGUGUGGCUGAGCAGCAGGGACGGCGGCGAGGCUGGUACACCUACACAGACCUGUGUGUGCUGCUGGAGCAGCCAACCUGGCAGUUUGCCCUGGGCUCCCUCUGCCAGCGGCUGGUAAAGCUGUCCUGCCUGUUAGCUGUGGCAUAUGUGAGCAGUGUGGCCCUGGCUGUGGCAUCGGUGGCCGUAAUACAUCAGUCUUUGGGGCUGUCCUGCACCCCUGCACCUGGGCCACCUGACCUUGGACUGACCUCCGGGUCCCUCCUGGAGCCCUGCAUACCUUCUGUGCCACAAUGCCUGCCAUCUCCUGCUAAUGUCUCCAGCUGCCUAGAAGGCAGCACAGGGCUGCAGUCACUCUGGGGCAGUCUUCUGGCCUCGCUGACUCCUCCACCAUUGCCUCCCCCAGAGCCCCCUGCCCCUCCUACUCUUCUUCAUAACUGCCCCCUUUGCCAGAAGCUCCAGAGAGACUCCCCAACCUGCCGUGCCUGCCACCACCCCAACCGUACAGUCCCUGCUGGGCAGCCCAACCCCUGGUACCAUACCUAUGGCCUGGCUCCCCCCUGGCCCUGGAGUCCAGUGCCCCCUUCACUUCCCCAGCCCCAGCAGUGUUCCCUUUUCAGCGUCAUGGAGCUGGCUCGCCUCAAGUCUUUCAUUUUCCCAGGCUAGGUGGGGCUCCAAGGAAUGCAUUAAGAGGGUUUGGGAGUUCUGAGAACCUGGAGGAGCAAAGCUUGAUUUAGAUCCUCUCUGCCUCUCUGGGUCCUUGGCAGAUCCCCUGUCCUCCUGAGUGGGAGCUUAUGGGGUGGUGGGGCAGAAGGACUGAAGGUCAUUCACUCCUAGACCUCAGUGGCUGGCUGCUUGACCAGGACAGUGAUUGUGCCAGGGAGAGCUUCCACUUGGUGACCAGGGACAUGUCCCAGAUGGACAUAGUAGAAGCCCUUCUCUGCCUCCCUGGGCUUUUCUAGACGUUUACUUUUUAGUUCCCUAGGAUGGAAGGGUAAAGGUGGGAGAUAAGGGAAGUGGGGUGAGAGGAGGAAGGAAAUGUUGACAUGGGCCUAUGUGAUGUCCCUGAGGCAGAAGAGCCAGGGACUGAUGGGGUCAGGUGGGAGCUGCUGGGUGAGGCAGGGAACCCUUUUCACUCCGGUUCCUUAGCUUUAGUCUAAUGGAGCGAAGGACUGUUGGGACCUUCAACCCUGACCUUUUGUCUUCCAGUGUUCUCUUAGUGUCCUGCUCCUAGGCUUCCCUCUCUUCUGGUUCCUCUCCCGGGUAUUCUCUUCCCAGGCCUCUCUGGACACUGCUUUGUAUCAGGGUUUUUCACGCUUUUGUAGAACUGAGGUUUCAAUAAACAGUUUCAGUUGCA